AUGAAGACUUGUGUCCACAUGUUUGCUUUUAAACUCACUUUUCUUUUGCUUGACUUCGUCUUGCCACUGAUGCUAGCGGCAGCUAAACUUAACAGGAACUGUGCCAGUGAUUGCACCUGUGAGAAGAUAGAUGGUAUCGUCAAAAAUAUCCUAGUUAUGGAGUGUAGAAAAAAAGACACGAUUUCUGAGAUUCCUCGAAUAGAUCCAGAUUUAAUGUCCAAUAUCACGGAGCUAUUAAUUGAGAAACAAUCAAAUUUUACACAUCUGGACAAUUCAACUCUCCAGUACUACUCUAGUCUAGAACGAUUACUGAUUGAAGAUACUGGACUGAAGUGGAUAGACUCCAAUGCUCUCAAACCAAACAAACAGCUGAAAACUCUGUUUUUGAGACGUAACAAGCUGACAUACCUUUCUUGGGAAGUAAUUGAGGAUAUGCCAAUACUUAAACUGUACUUAAACGAUAAUCCCUUGCCGUGCAAUUGUUCCUCCAAAUGGAUUCAAGAAUUUCAGAAAAAGAAGAAUCACAUGUUAGGUUCACUUACUGCUGAAGACUUAAGGUGCAUUACCCCCGAUACCAAUGAAUCAUCAGGUCCGAUAAUGCAGAAGCUGAGAAAUGUUAGGCUCCAGGGCUGUGUAUUGCCCUCGGUGGAUAUCAAACCAAAAACACCAAUCAUUAACGAGAGCAGCCAAAUAGUGCUCACAUGUAAGGGUACAGGCGAACCCAAACCAUCAGUGGCAUGGAAGACACAGUACCUAAAUUCGUCGCAUUAUAUCAAAUACAGUGAUGGAGGUAGUACUGUCGACCUUGUUAUUACAAGUGCCAAUGCCAGUGACUCGGGCUGGUUGACAUGCAGUGCUCGAAAUGUGGCGGGGAAAACAACAGACACAAUGCUGUUAAGAGUCAAUUCUGCUCCUCAAAUUCUUGUUUUGAAACCUCCCGUUCAGAGAUUCCAUUACUGUAUUCAAUUCGAGGUGUCCGGAUAUCCUAUUCCAGAGAUAUCAUGGUUGCAUAAUGGCCAAAAGCUGGUAAAAAAAUCUACAGUGUACACCUAUUAUUCCGAACAACCAGAAGGGAUAUUUAAAACAACUGGAUGUUUAACUUUUGAGAUGAAAAAUGCAAAAUACAACGGGAUCUACACUUUAAUAGCCAGAAAUGAAUUCGGUACUGCUGAGAAAUCAGUGAAGGCUGAUUUCAUGGUCGGAUCGGCCGUAAGCGGUCCAGCUUUUGGGUCGUUUCUCAAGCCCAGACUUCCAGGGAGGAGGAACGUCAACCCAAUUUUGCCUUUUCAAAGAAACUCUAAAGAAAAAGAUACUCCAACGACAACAUCUGUAAAGAAAGGGGAAUCCCCUGCUGUAUAUAUCGCCAUCGGAAUAUCUGUUUUUGUUUUCCUCGCCGUUGUGCUGGCGACCAUUUUCUUUGUUGUUCGUCAUUAUCGCCAAAAAACUACACGUCACACACAUCACGUGACUUUCUCAUCCAAUAGCUCACAGCGACCACUGCUGAAUUCUGACAGUCAUGUGACAUCUAAGACCCAACCACAUCAAAUGACAGUUAUGCCUCUGGCCUCCAUGAAAAUAGUAGAAAACCCAGCCUAUCAAAUAAAGAAUGUAAAUUGUAAAAACUCUUCCAUAUUUUACAUUAAAAGAGAAGCUAUCGAAUUUCUGCGAGAAUUAGGAGAAGGGGCCUUUGGGCGAGUUUUCUUGGGGACCUGUAAGGACCUUACGUCACCUGGUGAGGUAACAAUGGUUGCCAUUAAGACACUGAAAGAUGCAGCCAUGGAUGACGCGAAGGUGAACUUUGAUCGAGAGGCGGAGUUAUUAGCUACACUACUGCAUGACAACAUAGUCACGUUUUACGGAGUGUGUGUCGAUACAGAUACCUCUAUGAUGGUAUUUGAGUAUAUGGAAAAUGGAGACCUGAAUAACUUUUUAAGAUGCAAUGGUCCCGAUGCCAAAUUUCUCAAUAAGAGUACAUCAUUUGUAAAACCCUUAUCGAAAAUCGAACUACUUCACAUUUCAAAUCAAAUUGCCAACGGGAUGGAGUACCUUGCAUCCCAGCAUUUCGUCCAUAGAGACUUGGCAACAAGAAACUGUUUGGUUGGAGACAAAAUGAUCGUCAAAAUUGGAGAUUUUGGAAUGUCACGUGAUGUCUACAGCACAGACUAUUACAGGGUAGGUGGAUCUACUAUGCUUCCUGUGAGGUGGAUGCCUCCUGAAUCCUUGCUGUAUAGAACAUUCACUGUUGAAUCGGAUGUUUGGAGUUUUGGUGUGGUAUUAUGGGAAAUCUUUACAUACGGGAGACAACCGUGGUAUGAAUUGUCAAAUCACGAGGUCAUUCAUUACGUAACAAACGGAAGUACCUUACAGCCACCCGGAACUGACAUAUGCCCCGAGGACGUGGCAAAAUUGAUGGCGUCAUGUUGGAAACGGCAACCCCAUGAUCGCCUAUCAAUAAAAGAAAUUCAUUACAAACUUGAUAGAAUAUGUAUGUCACAACCAACCUAUCUCGACUUAAUAGCCUGAAAUCUAGCGUCAUGAGCGCUGAUUUGGAAUAAUGUCAUGUCCUCAAGGCUGCUUUCCAGACGUGGCUCUUCAAGACUUCCGGGAUUUUUUCAUCAUUUGUUGAGAAUGACAAGAGCAGAACCUCUGAUGUGUAUAUAAGUAUCCUCUUAAUUAUCGCAGUUUUCAAGGGAUAAUCAAUAUAAUUUGUUCUGAGUUACCUUUUUAUAGGAAUUUACAAAAAAUGUCUCGACGAUGAAACGUUCGUUAUCGACUAGGAUGAAGAGGCUUUUGUGUGCCCACGUGUGAUAGCAGACAUAUCUUUUAAGAACAUAAAAGGGACAAUUCUGGUAGAGAAUAUCAUUCUUGGUUUCUUUUUCCUGAAACAUGGUAUUGAAUUAACCUGUGGAUAUAGAGUUUCCAUGUUUCACAAACUAUCCUUUUACUGGUAAUACAACACUUGAUUUAUGCUGCUGAUUGAAUGGUGUCGACCGGUGUCACAAUGUAUUUCCGUGUACGUGCAGAGGAAAUGAAAUACAAUGUAUCUGAAAUAGCUCGUUCUCAGUUUGCAAUAGAAAUUUCUACAAUUUCUGUA